AUGGCCAGGACAGGAUGUGUCCCCAUGGCCAGGACAUGUCCCCAUGGCCAGGAUGUGUCCCCAUGGCCAGGACAUGUCCCCAUGGCCAGGAUGUGUCCCCAUGUCCAGGACAGGACGUGUCCCCAUGGCCAGGACAUGUCCCCAUGUCCAGGACAGAACGUGUCCCCACAUCCAGGACACACCACCCCCCCCACCGAGGCCACCUCACCUCUCCAGGAACCACCACCCAAAUCCCUUCACACCACCCCCAUCCCCAUCCCGGCCACCCACUCUUUGUCCCCCGCGCGUGUCCCCUGUCCUGCAGGUCACCCCCUCUGGGCUGAGCCAUGCGGGAUCUCCCGGCGCUGUCCCCAGCAGAGCCAUGAGCAGCUGUCGCCACAAUGGGGGGGUGACACGUCCCCGCGUCCCCCUGAGCUCCUCCAGCCGCACCCCGCAGCCGCCGGACGGCCCAACGCCGCCACCGCCGCGCCCCAGCCCCGCUCUGCAGGUGGUGGUGUCCCAACCCGAGCAUCCCGUGGGGACCGACCCCGCUCCCGCUCCCACCGCGCUCCCCCCGGCACGGGAGGCGGCGGAGGAGCGGGCGGGGGAACCGCGGAGGAACCAGAACAUCGGCUACAAGCUGGGCCACCGCCGCGCGCUCUUCGAGAAGCGCAAACGCCUGAGCGAUUACGCGCUCAUCUUCGGCAUGUUCGGCAUCGUGGUGAUGGUCACCGAGACCGAGCUCUCCUGGGGGGUCUACACCAAGGAAUCGUCGUAUUCGUUUGCGCUCAAGUGUUUGAUCAGCCUGUCGACGCUGAUCCUGCUGGGGCUCAUCGUGAUGUACCACGCCAGGGAGAUCCAGGUGGGGCGAGAAACGGGAGUGGAAAAGGGAAAUGGACCCAGGAGAGCUCUGUGUGCGGUGUCUGGGCCUGGGGAGUGCCGGGGGGGAUGGAAAGGGAAAAAACGCCAUGUGUUCUUGGGGAGAAAUGGGUUUAGAUUGAAAANGCGGUGUCCCGGUGGCCGCAGCGAGGGGGGCGGGACGCGGUUCCGUGGGCAGGACACGGGGACGCGGAGCGGGGGUCGCGGUGUGGCGGGACACGGGCGGGACACGGGCACGGCCCCGCAGCAGUGA